AUGACGGACGCUGCGCGCUGGAAAUCGACCGUCUUCGUUGGUGGACUGGCCUCAGUGGUGACGGCCGCUAACGUUCACGAUGCAUUCAUCCCCUUUGGAGAAAUCGCCGAUGUAUCGCUGCCGAAGAACGACAAGCCAAACUCAACAGAUCCCCAUCGUGGCUUCGCCUAUGUUGAGUACGAAGAUACGGAGGACGCGAAAGAAGCCAUAGACAACAUGGAUCAGUCAGAAUUCUUCGGGCGAGUCAUCAAGGUGUCAGCCGCCAAAGUUCCCAAGAGCGCAGACGAAGGCCUGGGCAGCAAGAAGGCUGUCUGGGAACAGGAGGGAUGGCUGGCAGAGCAUGCUGUUGGCGAAGAGGAUGGGUUGGCAACGGACCAGGGCACGGCACAGAUUGAGAUGCGUGGGGAUGACCCCAUGCAAGGUUUGGAGGGGCUUGAUGUUGCGGGACCACGACCAGAGUGA